UAACAAAUAUGUAGACAGUUUGAUGUAGAGAGGAUAUUUUGUACACAGGCUUGUCAACUUAACCAUGGAUCUAUUCGGCAUGAUGGUGGCAUUGAUCUUUUUUUUCAUUUCUGGUGGAUCAUUCUGCUCUUGCCUGCUAAGGCAGAAAUGCCAAGUGCUUGAAAAGAAAUAUUUUGCACCAUUUCUGGAUUUAAACUUCAAUAAGUGUGAUGAAUUUGAGGAAUUGGAUUUUACCAUAGCAGUGCAUUGUGACAUGGUGGACAAUCUUAAUAUAACCCUAAAGGAAAUACCUCUGGAAACAGACUGGCUUUGUCUGACCCGGUACCUGGGGAUGACUGUACAGGCAGAAGCAUUCUCCCAACUCACAAGCUUGAAAUCCCUCUCUAUCUCUGGAAAUACAGAAUUCCUAUCAGGGGCCUUCACUGGUCUUUCUCAACUCUCCGUCCUCUGGAUAGAAUCAGAAACUUUGCGUGAUGACACCACUUUUCACAAGGACACAUUUUGUGGUUUACAGUCACUACAAAUACUGAAAAUAUGUGGGAUAAAUUUCUCAUCAUUUAGCUUUUCAAUAUUUACCCAUCUCUCGCAACUGGAUCAUCUGAUACUGGAAAACAACAACAUGACAUAUUUGUCUGAAUUAACAACAUCGCUGGGAAAAUCCAGAAAUUUGCCCAAUUUACACAAACUAUCAGUAUUCAAUAACAUGGAUGUUCUAAGGGAGGAGGAUUGCUUUAGAUCACCAUAUCCAACAACUGACGGACAGAUUGCACAGUAUGUAGAUUUCAAUAUUACUUUCCUAGAGUUCAUGAAAAACCAAUUUUACCACGUUGGCCCAAAUUCUCUGUGCAAUUUCCCCCAUCUGGAGGUGUUUCAAGCGGUAUUUCUUGAUGAUACAGAACAAAUCUAUAAGUCGGGUAUUAGAACAAGCAAAGUUAUUUCACUGCCAAGAUUCCUCAAUACUUCAAUUGAAAUUUGCAAAUGCGCUUUGCAGUUUAAAGUUGAAAAACUUCUUGUAGUAACCUCCGGCUUAGAAGAAAUUGGAACUUUUACUGGCUCAUGUAAAACGCUAAGAAAUUUAGACCUUUCAUAUAAUUUUAUCAAAAGUGUCAGCUCAAAGCAAUUCCAAAGGUUAAACAACUUACUGUCACUGAAUUUAUCAAACAAUGAUUUAGAAAAUCUAGACAUUUGUCAGGAUAAAUCCACACCAAGAACGGAAUUAGUUUACCUCAGUAUAUCUCAUAACAUGUUAACUAGACUUUAUAAAGGACAGUUUGCCUGCUUAAAAAAACUUCAGAUCUUGUCCUUAGAAAACAACAACAUUAAUAUUAUUGAAGAUUUGUCAUUCGAUGGCUUGUCUCAUUUGAGUGUAUUAAACCUUCAAAAUAAUAACUUGUUUACCAUUAGCAAUUCUACAUUUGCCACUCUAUUUUCAUUAACACAUCUAAACUUAUAUCAUAAUGAAAUAUUAGAACACGGCUCUCAAGUUUUCAAAGAUCUGGAGAAACUUCAAGAACUAAUGAUGACAUAUGAUGUAGAUGAUUUCCUAGAUUGGUUAAAUCGUUUUCGUUUACCUCUGACACAUCUGAUGGCAAACACAAAAUAUAUGAUGUUUGAGAGUGAAUUUUACUAUGGUUUUUCACAGUUACAGGUUUUAGAAUUGGAUGUAUUACAAAUAUUUGCGAACUGUUCAUCUCAGUAUGUGUUUCGCAACAUUAACAAGCUGUACUUAAAAAACAUUAAACAGUAUGAAUGUUUUAUGCCUGAAACACACCCCCUCCUAUCAUUUACUAAUCUUGAAAGAUUGUACUACACUGGAAGUUCCCAAGAUUUUUCAGACAUCACGCUGAACUCUCUUAAGGAUGUACCCUUAAAGUUUCUUUAUCUGGAAGAUAUUAAAGGACUAAUUAAAUACGGUCAGUUGAAUGUUCAUAAGUUGUUUCAAGGGUUGUCCAAGCUCAAAGUUUUACAUCUACAGAAUUCCGGAAUCAAUAACUUGGAUUCCAAACACAUGUUUAUGGAUCUACAACAAAUGGAAUUUCUUGUGAUUGAAAACCAGGACAUUGAAGAAGUGAACGAAGCUGCUUUUGAGUCAAUGCCUAAUUUGAAGUACAUUUAUUUUCUGCAAACAACGUUUCCUUGUAAGUGUAAUUUUAAGGGGUUGUUAUCUUGGCUGGAAUCUGACACUAGGGUGUCCAUUAUUAAUUUUCACAAUCAGUCAUGUCAGAUUAACCAAAACAACUCAAACCUGGUUUCUUUUCUUCAGAUUAACUGUCACACUGACCUGGAUCUGAUCAUGUUUGUAAUGACCUUUGUGUUCACCAUGCUGUUCAUGCUUACAUCUCUCUUCUAUGAAAGUAUUUGGUGGUAUAUCCUCUACCUGGUCUACAUGGUGAAAUGUUGGCUGAACCAUAAACAGAGGGACAGAGAGCAUUAUGAAUAUGACGUUUUUGUAUCUUACAGUACACACAAUGAACAAUGGGUCACUGAACAGCUUCUUCCCAGCCUGGAGCAGAACGGUCCUCCUUUCUUUCGUUUGUGCAUCCAUGGCCGGGAUUUUGAGGUUGGUAGAGAUAUUAUAGAGAACAUCAUGGACAGCAUCUAUAACAGCAGAUGGACGUUGUGUGUUAUCACCCGUCCAUACCUGCACAGUAACUGGUGCUCCCUGGAGAUGAGGAUGGCCACGUACAGGCUUUUUGAUGAAAGUAAGGACUCCCUCAUUCUGGUGUUCCUUGAUGAGAUCUCUAGAGAAGAGUUGCAGCAUUACCAUAGACUGACUAAGCUCCUGGACAAGAAAACUUACCUGGAUUGGCCAGACAAUGAGAACGGACAACGACUCUUCUGGACCAGACUACAGAAAGUCAUUGCUAAGUCUGGUAGAAAGACUUCAGUGAAGAAGUAGAGCGAUGACAAUUAUGGAAUUACAGAAAGGACUAUACCUCAAAGUAUAGAGCAGACUGCAGUAAGAGUGGAGCAGUGGCCCAUUGCAUAGUCAUAGCAAACCACCUCACAGAUUAAAGAUACUUAUUUUUCUGUAAACAUUUUUAGCAGUAAUACUGGAUAUAAUCAUUCUCUACCAUGUCUCCCUGGUACCAUAUAACUCGUAUUGCUAUAGAUAUCCAAGGCAACUGAAAGAAUAAUGAUGAGGAUAUGCAAAAUAACCCAUACCAACUGAAUAGAAGGUAUCCCAGAAUUGCCUACUGUAAACUACAAUGUGAUUGGUUGCUAGAGGUUCCUGUACCGCAUAAUAAUUAAUCUUUAUUGAAUAAACACUUGUAACCUUUGAAUAGAUAUGUAGUAAUGCAGGAAUUUAGAUGUGGGUGUCCUUAAGAUAAAGAUGGUUUCUCUAUAUGGCUACAAACAUAAGGGCUCUGUAAAUGUUUCACUUUUAAAAAGGAACAUGAAAAUUCAAGAUUUGCUUGGGAGGGCUCUUACAUUGCUCAAUGAUUAUGUACUUAGGCUCUGCAAAAACAACUUCCAUUUUCUAAUCCUUUUUCUUGUUGCAGCCAUUGUGCAGGGUGUCUGAAAAGGACUGUGCAGUUCAAAUGGCACCAGAGUUAGGCCCAAUGCACUCAAUAAUCAGCACUCAAUAACAGAUUUGGUCAGACAUGCCCUUUCUCUGUAAUAUACGUCUGUGUAAGGACACCUGUACUAAGUGGUGUGGCUGUUAAUAAACUCUGCAGUGGAAGUACA